CAGAUCACAGAAGUUCAUUGUAGAAUAUCUAUUUUCAGUGUUGGUUGGUUUUCCUGCAAAAUGAAUAUUAUUGAUGGAGUAGAACAUGUUACUCCCAGUGCCAAAGAUCUCAGUACAAUCCUUUUAAAUGUUAGCUGUACAUUCAAAGGAUGUAACAAAAGUUUCCGUACAUCUUCUGCCAGGAAGUUUCAUCUAGAAAAGGUACACAAGAACUUCUCACCAGUAAAAUCUAUGGAAAAUCCUUUGGUAUGGUAUCAUUGCCCUGCCAAGCUCUGCCCAUAUCAUGUUGAUGCUCCUGCCACCAAUGCAAAGCACUUUCUAACAAAGGGAUGCCUGAAACAACACUGGCUCAAACUUCAUGCUCCAAGAGUGCUACAGUGCAGCAGCUGUAAUCUCAGUUUCAGUUGUCAAAGGCUCUUAUCAGCUCACCGUCGAAGUUGCGGACUUGAUCUUAAAUGCUCUUUGUGCAUGAGUUCAUUUUCUUCAAUUGAGUCCCUGCAGUCACACUGCCGGCGUCUUGGCCACACUCCCCACCAGCAGUCACAGGUUCUUAUUAGGGAACGUCUUUCAUUGUUGGCUCAAGAAAAGGGCAAAUAUUCUUCCUCCUGUUUAAAGAAUGCACAUAAAGAAGACAAUAGUUUAUUCAAAACUGCACAAGAUAACGCGCAGGAUCCUUCUUCUGUUGAAAAACAGAGCAUUUCUCUUCUGUGUGAUAGUCCAUCUCUUGACGAAGAAAGCUUCUCAUCAACAGAAAAUAAUCCAAUCGAUUCAUUGUCUAUAAUCAUGGUUGGUGACUCCGAGGAAACGCCCAAUAACUUCCAGUUGGCAUUACCUGAUCGUCCUCAAUGCCGCCCCACAUAUGGGAUACCAAGCUCCUUAUUCUCUAAAGAGCAGACCCUUCCCAUCAAAGCUUCAGCUGGGCACUUUAAAUCAUUUCCCAAGAAUCAUCGGGUUUGUGGAGAUAUCUAUAAAUGCACUCACGUGAAGAAAGUGACAAAAGGAAAUUCUUCAAUUGUGUCAUUCAGUUCCUUAUCCAAUGAGACUGAGUUUCACCACCAAAUCGUUCACAACUCGCAGAAUACAUCACUCUCAGUUCCUGUUUCUAUCCGCAGCCCUGGCUUCAGUAGUCAGCCUCACUUGCUUGCUGCAAUUGCUCUUAGUGAACUAGCAGCAUCAGCCAUAAAAAGAGUUCCGGGUGUAAACGUAAGUACUCAAACUGAAAGCGGGCGCGGGGCGGUGGUUGGAAGACAGAACCGCCGGCCGUCUGGUGCGGUCGCGAGACGUCGUGCGCUUCGCUCUCGCCAGACUGCGCAAACCCAAACGCGGCUCACUACCAAAGCGUCGCGAUCCAAAAUGCGUCCUCACCUCCCUGUCGCCAACCUGAGGAGGAGAAAUCACAAGCGUCUUGGUGAUGACUAUUUAACUACAACUACCUUAUUGCAUGCUGAGAAAUCUUCCAACCUUGGAACUACAGCUAGCACCCUGAAACCGCCAAUUCCUGCAAUCUUCACGUCUCUUGUUAGUGAUGUAAAUAAACUGCCCGACUGUUCUGAGAAAGUUAAUUCGUAUUCAAAAGAAACGUUUGUCUGCCCUGAGAAAUCUAAUUCAAAUGUAAGCUCAAAUUACUUUGUUAUUGAAAAACUUGACGCAUUGACGUCUGCGAAAAAUGAAUAUGGCCCUGUUUCUGCUGAAUUACCUCUAGUCACUGAUAAAAGAGCUGGGACGUACAGCUCCUGCAGCUCUCAGACAGAAGCUUGCGCUACUGUCGGGAUGGGCACGAGAGCCUCUUUAUGUGAGGGCAUCACACUCACCCUUAUUGACAAGUACGGCUCUCAAAACUACCAAGAUCAAUCCAAUAGGCCCGCUCACUCGAAACAUUCAACUGAAGAAAAAAGUGAUACAGAAUCUUCGUGGCGAAGUCAAUUAUCAUCAGAUUAUUGCUCAAGUGACGCAGCUGACAGUACCGGUUCAACAACACGCGAAGGAAAUCGAGGUGCUCUUUUGCAAGAUGCUAUUGUUCAGAACGACGACUCUAAUCUUUCUCCAGAGAAUUUCAAGUACACUGGAGGAUACUUAGUGGGAGACAAAGAUGAAGUGCUGCUUGAAGACCACAACUUUGGCGACAUCAAUUACGGCGAGGUCUUGAAACAAUCUUCAUGCCUAGACCAGAAUGACACUUGUCCAUCUUCUGCACGAAUUUCCCACAUAGAGACUCAAACCGAGCACGAUAUUCUUUUAGGACUAAGUGCCACUUCUGCUAGUCCAUAUCACGAGUGUAAUGAACACGAGUUUGAACAUUUAGGGGACGAAAGUUCUUCAGCCUGGUGUUCCAUCGAGACCCAAACCUAUGAAGAUUUCUCUGCAAUUGAACAGUAUUUAUGCUCAACUACACAAACCCAGACGAGUGAUGAGGUGAGGCGCGAGCUCUUCCCAGAGCUGAACAUCUGCCACUCACAAACUCAGACCGUCCUUGAUGACUUGCCUUCUCUGGUACACUCUCACACCCAGACGCAGUCGUGAAAUCUCUUUCUCAGGGAUGUCUAGAUUCAGUUCAAUGUUCUAAGGGAACUUCGCUAAACGCUAAAAUUCGUGGCAAAAUAAAAAAAAAACGUUUCGAAGAUGUAGUGAAUUCGCUUCUUUGUGAAUUGCCGGCUUUGCAUACUUAAGCCUCGCGUGUGAUAUUUUUCGUCGAAUAAGCGUGAAUUUUAUUAAUCUAUAAUUUGCCGGUAUAUAUAAAUGUACCGGGCCAGAUGUCAUCGUGUCAACGAAUUGAAGGUAGUCAAGAACUACGUCCGUGUGGCCAGCGGUUUCAGUUCAGAGUACCGGGAUUGGAGCAGCGAGCUAUGAGUUUGACUAGCUACCUGCAACAGUGGUCUGAAUCAGCGAGGAGGCCGGGCGGUUAAACACAGCAGAAUUGGGGCAGUGAGUUGCGUGUUCAAGACCCACAACAAGAUUUAAAUAUGCGAUGUUGAAAAUUGCCGACAGACUUAACAACCUAUUAAACGCUGAUACCUCUGUUAUUGUUAGUAUAAUAGCCCAGCUGUACAUACGAUCUAAAUCAGUGGUUUCCAAAGUGGGCGAUAUCGCC